AUGGAUAAAAGGACAUUUGUUUCUCUAUGUGAGGAACUAAAACGAUAUGGAGGGUUGAAAUCAACAAAGAAUGUGACAGUUGAAGAACAAGUUGCAAUAUUCAUGAAAGUUGUUGGACACUCAUGGACCACUAGAGAUGGCGCAGAAAGGUUCCAACAUUCCACAGCCACUAUAUCAAAGUACUUUGGCAUAGUGUUGAAAGCAGUCAAUAAAAUUGCAGUAAGGCUCAUUAAACCACCAGAUAUGGGUGUGGUUCCAAAGCAGAUCAUGGAUAACUCAAAAUUUUACCCGUAUUUUAAGGAUGCUGUUGGUGCUAUAGAUGGAGUGCACAUUGAUGCUGUAGUUCCAACUGAUGAGCAAAUCCCUUAUCGAGGACGAAAAGGUAAAUAUUAUCUUGUGGACUCUGGAUUUCAAAAUAUCCCUGGAUUUCUAGCACCAUUUCGAGGAGCUACCCGUCAUUUUCAAGAGAUGAGGCGUAGAGGCGGACCAAGAGGGCGUAAAGAAUUAUUCAACUUCCGGCAUUCAAGUCUGCGUAAUGUGAUUGAGCGUUGCUUCGGAGUUUUAAAGGCAAGGUUUCCGAUUCUAAAGUUCAUGCGGUCGUAUAGCUUGAGGAAGCAAACAAGUAUUGUCAUUGCUUGUUGCGCCUUACAUAAUUUCAUCAAGAUUCAUGCCGAAGAUGAUAAACUAUUUCAUGAAUAUGAAAAUUAUGAAGAUGAAGAAGGUUCGACUUCUGGGGUUGAACUACCACUCACUGAGUUCAACGUCAGCUAUGCAGCAACACGUGAGAUGACCGAGAAGCGUGAUGCCAUUGCUAACCAGUUAUGGAGUGAUAAUCAUGUUUAG